UUGUAUUCAUCCGCGGUAAAACCCCCGGUCACAAAAACAGCGCUGCUAGUUGAAGUGUGCCACUCUGCUUUACAGAUCAUCGCUUAUCAGUAACGUUAAUUACGCUGCCGCCUCUGACACCGAGCUACAAUGAAGUUCCAGUAUAAAGAGGAACAUUCGUUCGAGAAGAGGCGAUCAGAGGGAGAGAAAAUCAGGAAGAAAUACCCAGACAGGGUUCCUGUAAUUGUCGAAAAAGCUCCCAAAGCCAGAAUAGGAGAUCUGGAUAAGAAGAAAUAUCUGGUCCCGUCAGAUCUCACAGUCGGCCAGUUCUAUUUUCUUAUUCGAAAACGAAUCCACCUGAGGGCCGAAGAUGCUCUGUUCUUCUUCGUAAACAAUGUCAUUCCUCCUACCUCUGCAACCAUGGGCCUGUUAUACCAGGAGCAUCAUGAAGAGGAUUUUUUCCUCUACAUCGCCUACAGUGAUGAAAGUGUGUACGGAGAAUAGAACCAAAGGGAAACCCCCAUUUCCACCUCCUUUUCCUUCCUUUUACAUACAUAUAUAAAACCAAUUAAGGCAGCCUAGAGUUCAGAGCUUCUGACAUCAAAUGCACUUUUAUUCUUUAUUUCUGUUUUCUUUCUGGAGCUUGCUGUAGUUUUUGGGAAUUUGGUACAUGAAGGUAAUUUUUCUUUAUACCAUAAUUUUUUUCUGAUAUAGCUUUUAUUACUGGCCCCUAGCUGACACUUAUAUUUUUUCACCACUUGGCAGCAAACCCUCAGAUGGAGCUCCAAUGCUAAAAUUAGUUUGCCUAGAUUUUGAAUUUGGCCUUUGUUUCACUAAACGUGAAUAGUUUCCCUAGAGCUUGGAAAUAUAUACAUAUGUUUUGGGGCAUUGCGCAUAAGUGCUGCUGAUGAGCCAUUUGCUUAACCAAAAACAGUCAGCUUUGUUUCAGAAUAAUAUUUUACUAUAAAUAUUCACUGAGUUAUUGUACCUGGAUAUCUCUAGGUAAUUUGAUUUGAGAGUGUAUAUCUUAUUUGAUUUAUUUAGCUAUUUUAUUCUUUGUUUUUUUUGUUUGUUUUUCUUCUUAUUUUUUUCGUUUGAACUCGGUAUUCAGCUGCAUUUCUAAUACCCUUAAAUUGAGGUGACAAUAUAAACUAAACAUGAUCUA